AUGGGGAAACAUACUAAAUUUAAUCAAAGCGACGACGAGGAUGAGAAAAGAGAUGAAAAAGUGGUGAAGAGGGAGAGAACGCCGGAAAAGUCGAAACAUUCGUCAUCACGCAGAGAUAUCGAACGUGAUCGUUCACCGCAUCAGCGCAAUCGCGAUCGUGACGAUUACAAAGAAAGACGCAGGGAUGAUCGUAGAGAUGAUUACAGACGAGAUCGUGACUACAAACAGGACAGAGGAAAUCGCCUCAGUCAGGAAGAAAUCAAAGCUCAAAGGAAGGCACUAUGGGGAAAUAAGUCUAAAACAACGGAUGAAGCUCCAGAAGAAGGCUCCUCAGAGGGAAGCUCGAAAAUUGUAGCGAAAAAUGAAAAGCUAUGGUCUUCUGCAAUUGCCGCUACGGGUGUGGAUGAUUCGCAAGCCAACAAAUUUAUGAGAUUAAUGGGCGUCAAAAGUGCACCGAAACCGGAUAAGGAUGAGAAGACCCUGUCAGAAGAAAAGAAUCGCCAGAAAAAGAUGUUCGCCGAUCUCGACCGACAGUUCGAAAUGGCUCGUGAGUCGACACACACGGCUCGCGGAAUUGGGCUUGGUUUCCAUUGA